UAUAAACUGCGAGAAUCACUAAACCAACAUCAUUCAUUACAUUUUGAUCAGAGAUGGAGACUUCAAAUUCGAUGAUUCCUCAAACUGGAGCAAAAAGUUCUGACCCUGUUGUGAAUCAUUUGGAUUUCCGAAGCACCCAUGAUCUGAACUUCUUCGAUGUACUGCUGUCCUCCUCCGCGGCUUUACAACGAGUAGACCCCGAAACUGAUACAAAAGGACAAAUGAAGGCAGAAAUGAAUAGUCUUGGACCAAAAGAGAACGGCAUGAUUUCUUCAAAUCAUGACAACCCUAACACAAUACUAAAUAAUGGCAGUCACUCGGAUGAGAAUCAAGACCUUGACAAACCAACCAAACAAAAACGUCAUCGGACAAGAUUUACACCGGCACAACUCAACGAGCUUGAAAGAAGUUUCGCCAAAACGCACUACCCUGAUAUAUUCAUGCGCGAGGAACUCGCCAUGCGAAUUGGUUUGACCGAGUCACGUGUUCAGCGCGAAAGGGACUGUCGCAGAGUGCAGGUUUGGUUCCAAAACAGGCGUGCCAAGUGGAAAAAGAGGAAGAAAACCACGAAUGUGUUCAGAACACCCGGUGCUCUACUCCCGUCACACGGACUCUCUCCCUUCGGGACAAUGAACGAUACACUUUGUACGUUCCAUCCGAACGACACUCGGUGGACAGGGAUGACGCAAAUGUCACAGAUGGCGGGCAGUAACCCGCUCAGUCUCCCUCCAUCUAUACCUAGACAGGGGAUGCAAUCUCUCUCACAAAUGACUGGACUUAAUCAUGGAUCGAUGAAUCUACAGCACAACAACAUUUCGACAUCAAACGCAUCCAUGUACUCUACGUCACCAUAUUGCGUGGCGACCACGUGCCCCUCACCGCUGUCCAAUCAGGCGUCGCCUACUUCUGUGGGUUCAUCACAAAUGCCCUGCAGCAUGCAAGAAAUAGGUGAAACAUGGCGGGGAACGAGUAUUGCGCAACUACGGCGGAAAGCUUUGGAACACACUGCCGGUAUGACGGGCUUUCGUUAGAUUAGAUAAAACAAUGAUCUCAGCCUUUUUCACAAUAUCAAAUAUGGCUUGAUCUCAAAUUAGGGCCGGGUUGCUGAAACAGCUUAGACUGUGACACCAACUGACCGAUUAUGUCACAUCACAGGGCAGGUCAUAUGACCGGAAGGGGCGCCAGUGGCGCCUUUGGAUAUCUGACAUUAUCUACUGAUUCUUGGUCAAUCUUCCAAAAUCAAUGACAUUGUUCAAGCAACCGGAGCCAGUGCAGCGACUAAUCUAGAUUUGUAUGUGCUUUUUAUUUGUCAUCGAAAGACAAUUGCCAAAAAUGACUGAAAGGGAUCAAAAUUAUGCGGCUUCUUGGGGAAAAGACUUUGAAAGUAUUCGAUGCAUUCUAUGAUAUUGACUGUUCAUUCUCAGCGAUCAGAUUUGCAUACUUUUCAGAUUUUAUGAUGUACCUAAUGGCAGUUAUUAAGCCCAUGACAUGAGGACUGUUCACGCGGUUAUUACAGUCAUUUAUCAAUCUACAGCAAAUUCGGCUGUGAAAUAUCACGCGACAGUGCCCGUUUAAAAUAAGACGGACAAACAGUCAAAAUAUUUGUCAAACCAGUGGGCCCCAAGCCCUGCAUAAUGCUUCAACGUUUGACCGAAACCAAAUUGUCAAAUUUCAGGAAAUCAGCUAUUUCUUGCCACCACAUAUUAUACAUAUCAAGAAGAUAUUAUCGAUAUACAUGUAUAUUUGUCUAUUGUUAAUUUAAAAGGUAUUUAAGGAAAUAUUUGUUUAUUUUAUUUAUGAUGUAAAUGUAUUUGAAAAGUGUAAAACGUGAGGACAGUUUUAUUGAACUUUACACGGUUUCUCAGAAAAAAAAGUGUAAUGUGUUUUGAUUCUCUUAAAGAGCAUUCAUAAAAUAGCAGCCUAAUUUCAAUUUCUCAUCAAAAGCUUAAAGAUACUCUCUAAGGUAUACACAUGCAUGCAAGGGGAGGGAGGGAGUACUGAAUAUUCGGGAAAUAGUGUAUGCCUAUUAAAUGAACGGCCACUAGUCAGCCAUUACUGAUUCAAAUAUCAGAGACACCGCAUCAACACACCUGCGAUGACCACGGUGAACGAACGAUUUUCGCCGCAUACGAUCAUCAUUGCAGGUCGCAGCGAUUUCAAUCGUUUUUUUGGAGGCGCUUUAAGUUCAUUUCACUACAGAGGCCUUCACGUCAGAGAGCGGGUUACCUUUCACUCCCGACUCUAUAACACGGUUUUUCACAAGCGGAUCUCUUCCUUGUAAAUAGAAGAAUGGUACGUGUAGAUGACAAACGAAUGUUGUCUCGUAUGUGUAAAAAUGAUAGGAUUAAUUAAUAUCGUGCAUUUUGACACAAAAUUUAUGGUAGAUUUUGUUACCGUGGUCGACUAUCUAUUACUUACGUGUUUAGAUGGUAAAUAAAACUUUGUGUUUCGUUUC